GCGUCUGUCACAAACUCCUUAAAAGCUCAGUGAUACCACAGCAGCAGCACACACAAAGAAAAUGGUGGCUGUAUCCCUCCAUUCUUUCUAUCUUCUCAUCACAGUGUUACAGCUAUGUUUACUAUACCUUGCUCAUGGUGGGGUGUAUUAUGGACAUAAACAGCCACCCCAACAGCCCCAGCCAUUGCCACAAUAUGAUGCAUAUCCACAGCAACAGUUUCUGGAGAAUGAGAUGCCAAUACUUCCUCAGUAUGGACAAGAGUUUCCUCAACCGCCAUUGCACAUGGGUAAAGAGAGACCACUGACAGAUGGCAAAGGACAAACCUUUCCCAGAGGAGCUAAAGGUCCACGCCCUCCUGUUCCAGGGGUAAAAGGUCUCCCAAAGGGACUGCAAGGAAUUCAAGGUCCCCCAGGGCCAACAGGACCACCAGGACCACAAGGCCCUCCUGGGCUUCCAGGACAGGGAUUGCCAGGUUUACCAGGAAAGCCAGGCCCUCCUGGUCCUUCUGGCUACCCAGGAGUUGGAAAACCUGGUAUGCCAGGAUUGCCAGGAAAACCUGGAGGACCUGGAUUACCAGGAUCAAAAGGUGAUCUCGGUCCUAAUGGUGAUGUAGGCGUAACUGGACCUCCUGGGCCUCCAGGACUUCCAGGUCCCUCAGGACUCCCUGGGAUUCCAAAAGCAGGAGAUCAGGGACUUCCAGGACAGCGAGGUCCUCUAGGGGAGCCUGGCCAAAAAGGUCUGCCUGGGCUUCCUGGUCCUCUAGGCCCCAAAGGAGACAAAGGACUUGGUAUACCUGGUUUUCCAGGCUUGAAAGGGCCUGGUGGGCCACCAGGUCCACCUGGACAGGUGGGCAUUGCUGGCAUUGGUAAACCUGGUAUGAAUGGUCUUCCUGGACAUCCAGGAAUACCAGGAAAGCCUGGUUCUCCUGGAGAACCAGGACUGGCUGGGGCACCUGGUGAAAGAGGCCAACCAGGCGUACCAGGUGUACCAGGAAUUGGAAAACCAGGAAAAGAUGGUUUCAGUGGGCACCCGGGGGUAUCUGGAGGGAAGGGGGAACCAGGUCUCCCUGGUUUACCAGGGAACCCAGGCUUGCCAGGUUAUGGUAAACCAGGGUUUCCAGGACCUAAGGGUCAUAAGGGACAUGCUGGUCUUCCUGGAGCACCAGGUCCAAAAGGUGAUAAAGGUCACCCAGGUCUCACAGGUGUCAUUGGUCCCACUGGUUCAAGUGGAAUACCUGGCCCACCAGGUCCAAUAGGCCUUCCUGGUAGUCUUGGCUUCCCAGGAUUAAAAGGAGAUGAUGGUGUCAUAGGACCAAGAGGAAAUCCAGGAAUAAAGGGUCAGACAGGUCCUCCAGGGAUUCCCGGACAGCCUGGUAGAUCAGGAGAGGGUGGGCAACCAGGACCAAGAGGCUUACAAGGGUCCACUGGCCCAAAAGGAGAAGCUGGUGUUAGGGGUUUAUCUGGUGCCCCUGGUGCUGCAGGAUUAACAGGAACAAGAGGAGAAGGAGGACAGGCUGGAGAGAAAGGCCCCCAGGGACCACAAGGUAUUCCAGGGCUUGCAGGACCAGGGGGCCCAAUUGGACCCCCUGGGCUUCCUGGACGAAAAGGCGAUGCAGGCUUAACAGGUAAACCUGGCUAUCCUGGUGAGGGAGCCCCAGGACCCACAGGUCUUGUUGGUCCACAAGGUAACCCCGGUCCCAGUGGUCCUCCUGGAUUUCCAGGGCAACCGGGACAACCUGGACCCCCUGGACCUCCUGGACAACCUGCUACAUUUCCUGACCUUGGACAGAUCCUUCCUAUGACUGGCCCAUACAGUGGCCAAAAACAAGGUUACAAGAACCCAAAUGGAGGUGAGAUUGGUGGAAAUGGCCCUGAGCUGCCUGCAUUCACAGCUAAACUCACAAAUCCAUUCCCCCCUGUGGGUUCCCCUGUCAUCUUUGACAAACUCUUGCACAAUGGCAAUCAGGACUACAGUCCUCAGAAUGGUGUUUUUACCUGUAGCAUACCAGGGAUCUACUACUUUUCUUACAACGUACACUGCAAAGGAAGUAAUGUGUGGGUGGCACUGAUGAAGAAUAAUGAGCCAGUUAUGUACACUUAUGAUGAGUAUAAAAAGGGAUUGCUAGAUCAGGCUUCAGGGAGUGCUGUACUCCCAUUAAGAAAAGGAGACACUGUGCAUAUACAGCUACCAUCGGAGCAGGCAGCAGGACUUUAUGCUGGUCAGUAUGUCCACUCCACAUUUUCUGGAUACCUACUGUACAUUAUGUAAUAAAAUAUAAAAAAAAGGUGAGAAUAAUAGCACAGAUCUGACCAUAAUGUAAAUAAAACUACUUAAGUCACAAGGUACAAUGUAGGUCAAGUUAAACGGGUUACAUCGAGAAUUGGGAAGAUCUUCUUUAGUUCUUACUGUAGUUAUU